CGUCAGCGCGGCGGCAUGAAGGAGUCGGCGCUGCCCGGCACCUCGCUGCAGCGGGCCUGCCGCCUCCUCGUUGCCUUCUGCGCGCUGCACCUCUCGGCCACGCUGCUCUACUACCUGGCGGGCAGCUCCAUGGCGCCGCCGCGCAGUCCCGAGCCGCCUCCGCGCCGCCCGCCGCCCGCCAACCUCUCGCUGCCGCCCUCCCGUCCGCCGCAGCUCGCCGCCCGGCCCCGGCCCGUCUCGGCGCAGUCCGACACCCGCCCGGACUCGGCGGCGCCGGGGCCGUGCCCCGACCCGUCCCCGCUGCUCGUUGGACCGCUGCGCGUGGAGUUCUCCCAGCCUGUGAACCUGGAGGAGGUGGCGAGCACAAACCCUGAGGUCAGGGAAGGAGGUCGUUUUGCUCCAAAGCACUGCAGGGCUCUGCAGAAAGUAGCAAUCAUCAUCCCGUUCCGAAACCGAGAGGAGCAUCUGAAGUACUGGCUCUACUACAUGCACCCGAUUCUUCAAAGGCAGCAGCUAGACUAUGGAGUGUAUGUCAUCAACCAGGAUGGAGAUGAAGAAUUUAACCGUGCUAAACUGCUGAAUAUAGGAUUCAUGGAGGCUUUGAAGGAGUAUGACUAUGAGUGCUUUGUGUUUAGCGAUGUAGACCUGAUCCCAAUGGAUGACAGGAACACCUACAAGUGCUACAGCCAACCAAGGCACCUUUCUGUCUCCAUGGAUAAAUUCGGAUUUAGGUUACCCUACAAUCAGUAUUUUGGAGGCGUGUCUGCCUUGAGCAAAGAACAGUUCACAAAGAUCAAUGGGUUCCCAAACAAUUACUGGGGCUGGGGCGGCGAAGACGAUGACAUUUACAACAGGCUGGUGUUCAAAGGCAUGGGCAUAUCUCGGCCGGAUGCAGUCAUUGGGAAAUGCAGAAUGAUUCGCCACUCUCGUGAUCGGAAGAACGAGCCCAACCCGGAGAGGUUUGACCGAAUUGCUCACACCAGGGAGACGAUGAGCUCCGAUGGCUUGAACUCGCUCUCCUACGAGGUGCUGAGGACUGACAGGUUCCCUCUGUACACGAGGAUCACAGUGGCCAUCGGCGCGCCCAGCAGCUGACACUGCCGGCACGGCAGAGACCUCGGCACGGCGCCCGGGACGCUGGGCUCGCGGAUUCUUUGUGUCACCGGGUUUUGUAAGGGUUGUGAUGAACAACGCGGAGGCCUCUCUGCAUGCCAGAGCCUCUCCAGACGGGCUGGACGACGGCUUUUCCCGUUGGUUGUUUUUAUAACUUCACCUCCAUUGUUUUAUAAGUUCGGAAGCUGUACAAAACAGUUGUAAAUUCUUUUCGCCAGAAAAUGUUGAAUCUGAUCUGCCAGAGUGCUCCCCGUGUUCAGUCGUUGCUGGUGCCGCGUCAGUUCACCAGCUGCAGCUGUGGUGCAGCAGCAGUGACUGCCCACGAUAGGCUUUUUAAAUUGGGUGGAUGGAAACAUUCCUUUUAAUUCAUUCCUUGGUUUUAUUUUAUGAAGGACUCUAAAACGCUGCUAAAAUUGUACAAGUUUACUCAUUUCAUUAGAUUGCUUUUUAAGAGAGACAAAACUACGUGGGUUUUUUUAUUUUUUUUUUAAUUUUUUUCCUAAUAGUGACCAAAGCAAAAGGUCUUCUCCGCAUUACGAAUAACCAAGUGCGGAUUCCGCGGAUGUCACUAUUUCUUUUGGUCUCAGAAGAGACUUCUGAGUGAGUUGAGGCAGAAUGUGCCCUCAGAGAGCUCCGUGCACGGGCUGGGGGCUGCACAGAUGCGUGGCAGCUCUUGGUGGCCCGCAGCACCUGCUGGCUCCCCAUAACCUGCCUGCUGCGUGUGAUUUUCUUUGCCUGAGCAGAGCAAGAUCUCGUUGGUUGGUUGGUUGGUCGUUUUAGUUUGCUUGUUUGUUUGUUUUUCCCAGAAAGAGAAGAUGGGUUUAAUUGCACAAGGAAUUGAUAGCCUUAAAAUUUACAGACACUUUUACCAGUGGUAGGAAGUUGCCACGCUAUUUAAACAUGGUCUCAAGGUUCUUAAGAGCAACAUUCUGCUUGCAAGGUCAUGUGUAAAACUUGAAUUCACUUAUUACUUUUAUUGUCGUUGUAACUUUUUGAUAACUUUUUAAAGUAAUUUGUAUAUCGCAAGCGGUAUAUUUAAUGCCAGAUUAAAGCAGGGUGCAGCAUAACGGCAUACGCUUCAAGGCCUCCUUUAUCUUCAGGCUGGUAGGCUCUGUGUCACCGCGUACGAGAACGUGCUCUGCUGCUUGCCCACGGGCUGCGGAGGUGCCGGCAGGGCCCGCGCUGCGUUUGCUCACAAACUGAGAGGUUUGCUGAGAGGUUUGCUGUGCCAGGUUCCACGCGGAGGCACGGAGCAGCGCUGCAGGCACUGCCUGCUGCUGGGCGUCUCUGCUCCCAUCCACGGCCUGGGGAAGCUUUGGGCACCAACGCCUCGGAGCUGCUUCAAGCUCUGCCGAAGCAGAAAUCCUAAUUCCUUCUGGUGAGUUCUGCCCGCCGGCUCCGAUCGCGGCAAUUUGCACUUGGUUGGCCUGUGCUGAAGGCUGUUGAAAUCAGGGACACACGUAUUGGGGAUCAUCUUCAGCACUGCCUUUUUGUUUGUUUCCUUUUGUUUCUUUUUUCUUUCCCUUUGACUUUUUUCCCUCUUCCUUUUUGGGGAUUUAGGACCAUGUAGGACCUGAAGGUUUUGCUGAAUCCUUGCGCUACAGGGGUGGGAUCCUGCAGGGCCAGGGGACAGUGCCUUGCUCUAUUGUCUCAAUGUCUCUUCCUAGCCAGCGGUGGCUCCAAGGAUGCGCAGACCACGCUCACAGCAAGGUACCCAGCUGCCCUUCCAGAGUCGCUUUGGACACGUGCUCACCCCCCGCACUCACACAUGGUUGCUGCACCGGCCACGCUUGGCGUGGCAUGAGAGCAGGCUUGCAGAGUGCAUUGAAAGUGCGUUGACUUUUGGCCAGUCAAGGUUCUGGUGCAUGCAGAUACAAGGGGGUACAAGAGUAGGAUGUGUUGCAGAAGCCAGGCCAGAUACCCAUUUGCAGAACCCUGCAGACUGCACCAGUAACUGAAAUGCAGGCAAGGCUGGUGGUUUUGUUCUGAUUUUCUGAGCAGGCUGGGCCCUGUGCCCACAGGGCAGCUCGGCACCAAACCCCACUGAGCACCUACUGGCAAUCCAGGGACUCUGAGAGAGCACCUUGGUUCAGCCCCGAGCCUUUGUGCUCCAGAAGGCUGGAAGCUGUGAGUGUGGAGCACCUGCCUGCACACUGCAAAGUGCCCGCCUUCUGCAUCGGAGAGUUGUGCUGGUUUUCGCUUGUUUGUCUUUCCUCUGCUUAUUUAGAGAUCAGGAGAAGUCAGUGCAAUGAGUUGUUUUGCUGUAUGCCGGAAUCACACAAUGUCGUGCAGGUGGUCUGAGCGCUUGCUUCUGGUGUUGCAAUUGAAGCUGUCUACAGAUGUGCCUUGAAAGAGGGGACAAAUGGGAACUGGGAAACCAGGAAACCUGAAAAUGGUUUUCAGCACGCAGGCAGUGGUGGAGCAGGAAACUGCCGCCUUGUUUCUUUUCCGACACAAAUGCUAUGUCAAAGCUGGGGCUGCUGCUUGUUUGUUUCACCAUUGGGGACCAGCCUGUGGUAUCCAACUCUUGUCCCCGCAUUAGCUGUGCUCCUUCUUUUGGUGAAAUGCUUUUGGUUCAGCCGGGCCCUGAAAUUGUCCCUGUGGGCCUUUUCUACAAGCACUCAUGUUUACACAGAACUCAGUUUCCACCUGUUCUGGGUGGUUCAUCCCUUCCUGCAGCAACACUCAAAGCAGUGCUGUGCAUAGCAGUGAACACCUGCAAGAAAUAGCUGCAGAGGAAGCACCAAUGCUGGGUUUCCUUGGUGUUGCUGUUUGCUUGCAGGGAUGAGGGAGGGUCCCAGCAUGCAGCUUUUCCCCUGGGUGUUACUUAUGUACCAGACUGUUCGCAGGUCUCUCGCAAAUGGUUUUGCUUUUGCAUUUUUAUCAUUUAAAUGCCAAUGGAUGUAUAGUCCAAUGUUCCUAUUUUACUGCUGAUGUCAAAUAAAGUGUUUUCAGUUAUAA